GUAGUCCCAGAUCGGGGUUGACCGAAUCGUCAAACCCGGUGGCCGCCUGUGCGCUGCGCGACUUUGAGAUCUGCGCCUGAAUCGUUGGGGCAGGAAGAGCUCCGCUGGCAAUCUUAGCGUUGACAUUCGGGAAGCGCUGAGGGGGGAGCGGUUCCACCAUUGACGGUGACGUUGCGAGCUGAGGACGUGGAGCCAUGGCUACAGAUGAGAGAUUCAAGAAGAAAACGGAGCAGGUGCGGAUUCUACUGGACGACAUGAAGAAGCUCUCCAGGUUUGACAAUUCCACCGUCCCAACCCUUUUGAGGAUUGAUGAUAUCUAUGAUCCAUACAACACGGAGGAAAAAUAUGCCCUUGCAAGAGCCUUCAACAAGGAGGGGGGUAUAGAACUGUUCAUGAAGAUACUGACGUCCCUCUCGCCGGACGCCUCCAACAUCCCGGACUCCCUACAGAGAGUCAUGGAGCAGAGCACUGGCAACGUGCUGAAUUAUGUUAAAACAGCAGAUGAGAUGACGACCUUCGUGGACUGUGGAGGCCUCAAGUUCCUGCUGAGCCUGCUCAAGCACCACGCCUGCCAGGGCCUCGUGCUGCGCUUUGAAUCCAAAAACACGCUGAGGUAUGCGGUUUCAACUCUGGGAAACCUGAGCAUGGUUCCGGAGCUGAAGUCGUGCUUCCACCAGGAGCUGGCGGCGGACGUGCUGGCCUGCUACCUGGACGUUCCAGACGCACCCUGCAAGCUCGCCGCUCUGUUUACCCUGGCCAGGGUCUCCACUGAGCAGGACCUGGACAUCAUCUGUAACGCACAGGGAGCCAUCUCCCUGCUGACAGACAUGGUGAACCGGCCUUCAUACAAGGACUUCACGCUGCUGGAGAACAUCCUGUACAUGUCCACGGAGCUGGUGAAGACUCUCACCCUGGUCUCCAUCACGGCCGGCAUCCGCAGGAAGACGGAGGGGGCGAGCUCAAGUCUGGACAAGAAGGUGCUGGAGGAGCUCAUCCCGAAGCUCAGGGAGAAGCUGAAGGUGGAAGUGGAGAAACGAGACUACACGCUCGAGUGGGGAGACAUCGCCGUCCACCCCACGCGUCGCUCCGUGCAGAAGUGGCCCAAGGCCGGGGACGGCUGCAUCUACAUCCCCUACAAAGUGUCCGUCGCCUUUUACGAUGGCGACGUCAAGAAGAUUGAGGAGGCGGCGUUGGAGUUUGAGAAGAAAACGUGCGUCCGGUUCAUCCCUCGCUCCAGCCAGACCGACUACAUCUACAUCCACGCGUGGGACGGGAAUUGGUCGUUCCUGGGCCGUCAGGGCAGGGACCAGGCGCUGUCCCUGGAGCCCGGCAAGGUGACCAAGGGCAUCGUUCUGCACGAGUUGAUGCACGCGCUCGGCUUCCACCACGAGCACUGCCGCAGCGACCGCGACGACCACGUCUUGGUGCUGAGCCACAACGUCAAGCCCGAGUGGGUGGAUGCUAUUGUGAAGACAACCCCCCAUGAGCACAACCUAAGGACCCCGUACGACUACAGCUCCGUCACCCACUACGGCAUGACCGCCGGCUCGAAAGAUGAGCACAGCCCGACGCUGGUGCCCAGGGACACAAGCACCAUGCGUCGCUUUGGAGGUGGCCACACCCUGAGUGAGGGCGACGUGGAGAAGAUCGAGAAGAUGUUCGGCUGUGAGCCGGCACCACGGGGACCCAGCGACGCAGCUCCAGCGCGGACGCUGGGAGCCAGCGCUGCAUACAGAGAAGCUGGUGUCUCAAGCCACAAAAUGACGCUUCCCCGUGCUCCAGAGAAGAAAGGGAAAGAAUUCAUCGGGUGUGGAGUCAAGGAGAGCAGCCUCUCACGCCCAGUCAGGCACUGGCCCAAGAGCGGCGAUGACCAUGUGUACAUCCCCUACAAGGUGUCCAAGGACUUCUAUGACUACGAUGUGAAAGCCAUCGAGCAGGCUGUAGAGGAGUUUGAGAAGAAAACCCACAUGCGAUUCCGCCCUCAUGGCAAAGAGACGGACUUCAUUCACAUCCAGGCCUUGGAGGGGUCUCUCAGCAAGAGCUGGUCGUACGUGGGGAGGCAGGGUGGAGGCCAGGAUCUGUCCCUGGAGCCCGGGAAGGUGACCAAGGGCACGGUUCUGCACGAGUUGAUGCACGCGCUCGGCUUCCACCACGAGCACUGCCGCAGCGACCGAGACGACCACGUCUGGGUGCUGAGCGACAACAUCAAGGAAGAAUGGAAGAGUCAAAUCGUGAAGAUGAAAUCACACGCGCAUGAAGUGUCCAUCCCCUACGACUGCAGCUCCAUCAUGCACUACAGCAUGACGGCGGGCUCGGUGGACGAGCGCAACCCGACCAUCAUCCCCAAGAACCCGCUCCUCAUGCUGCACAUGGGGCAUGGCAACUCCCUGAGCCCCUGCGACGUGGCCAAAGUGCAGAAGCUGUACGGAUACGAGACGAAACUGCCGCUGAGCUCCACAGGUGUGGGAGACCGCGAGGGUCUGGAGAGCCAAGUGAGAGUUUGGAAGCGAAAGACAGAGCAAGAGCUGAUAAAGGAAAAAGAAGCCAAAGCACAUGGCAUGAUCCCUUACAACACGUAG